CCUGUCGAAAUGGCAGGCGGAGAGGCAUUGUGGAGGCCACCUCGAUCCUGUGAUGACUAUUGGAGUGAGUUCAGACUCUGUAAAAGCUUGUGGAAUCGUUUUCACCACUACUACGCUUUUGGCAAAACUCCCACAUGCCAGCAGUGGAAGGAUGACUACUACACUUGUCGUGAGUGGGAAAAAAGUCACAGCACUGAGACUAAGGAGUCGCUCCAGCAGAGUGAAAGAGCCCGAGUGGCAGAACAAAGGAAGUUUUCUCCAGUAUGGGAACUCCGAACAAAACCCCCAGAAGACUGGCACCUGCCCCUUCCCCAGGACAAGCGCCAGGAUUCUUGAAAUCAUAGGACAGUCUUGACAAAUCUGCAGCCAUCUCAAGCUCUUUUAUGCCAAACCACUGACUACGUUUCAAGUGGUUAUUUAACCAAAAAAGGCUCAUUAAAGGCAACUGUGGGUGCCCUUUACCUUGCCCCACCUUGGCUUUGUGUGAUUUUGCUCAUACUCAAUGUGCAAAAUUUUUCCCUUGCACAUUUUCAGGACAGUCUUAGAACAGUUACAAAAGCAACAAGUUUUGCGUGUUGAGCUUUAGUGUGAACUGGGGUCCUAGUCUCUAGAUCUUUCAUUUUGCAGGAUCUUUGCCUUUUUCACUGUUUCA